AUGGCUGUAGAGUGUCUCAGAAGAGAUCUCACCGAAAAUCUGGAAAAUCAUGUAAAAGGUGAACGUCGCAUUGGCUUAGAUUGGGGUGGAAUCAGUCUGCACGAAUAUCAAGAACGAGAACGUUCCACUAAAGAGCAGUACAUCUCACAUGUCGACGUGGAGACUAUUGAACGUGUAAAACGUGAGGUAGAAGCCACAGUGUUUGCAUACAGUCGCAGACAAGUGGAGAAAUGUUUUAGAGAUUUAUCUGGGACUGCGCAUGAACAAUAUGAAGCCUGCAGGUCGAUGGUUUCUCAGUUAUUUCAACCUUUAUUCAAUCAACUGAGUUACGAUGCUGCUGAUUGGUUUUCUUCGCUGGGUGGAGUUUCAAAACUCAUGACACUCCUACAGAAAACAUAUUCUGAUUUUUGCUCUUCAAACUGGGAAGAUCAAGACCUCGAGUCUCUCUGCUUGGUUGCCUUAAAAGCAAUGAAAUGCUUUGCAAGCAAUAAUGAACGAUUGUUGAUAGCUUAUGAUCAUGGAAUGUUGGACAUGAUCAUAGAUGUGCUUUGCAAGGCAAAGACAGGACAAAUGAAGUAUGAGUGUGGAAGUCUGAGUUGUGAAUUUCUUGAUGACAAAGUGUGUCAAGUCAAGUUUGUGCAUUCGGGGGCUUUUCGACCUCUUCUUGAUAUGGCAUCAGAUCCAACCACAUUACUUUAUGUUGUUGACUCUAUUAUUGCAGGCAUUACAUGUUGUGCUGUAAAUGCUGCUGUGUUAGACUCGAUGAUUGAACACGAUGUUGCAGGUCGAUUCCUCCAUUUAGCACGGAAUGUUUACGAAAUGCAUCAACAUGAACUAUCACAAUACACGUCUGUCUUUCGAGGUGUCAAUAUCCUUGGUCUUAAGCCACUGCACAUAUCAUAUUUAUGCUAUGUUGGAAUCGGUCUGUUGUUACAUCAACGAAGCCGGAGACAUUGGCUGGAACUUAUAGACAUGGUUAGGACAAAUGGCCGUCCAGACAGCUGCAAUGCUGCAGCAUCCAUAUUGAAGGCAAUGCCACUGAGUGAAGUGGACAAGGAGAUGUUACAAGCUGUAGAGUUAUUUACAUCAGAAACAACACCAAAUCAAGUUCGAAUGGCUGAUAAUAAUCGAUAUCUAUGGCCAGUAUUUACUCCAUUCACGUGUCUCCUCCAAUCUCAGUAUCCACAAGUUAGAGAGAUGGGAGCAUUUGCACUGGCAAACCUUUGCCAGGGAGAUGAAAAUCGUGACACUAUGAGAGACGAAGACAACAGCAACGGAUUUGAUCUCUUGCACUUAACAGUAACGUGUGGACAAAAUGAUGGCAAAGAUGCCAAGAUGGAUAAGACGUAUCAGCUGUCAAUGCAAGCACUUUCAUAUGCAACUCCAAAUGACAUUCGUCCUCCAAAACUACAGACAAUUUGUAUGUUUUACAUUUCCAACAAUUUCUACAGUCGGUUCAGCUAUGCCGUUCUUCAGUGUUUACCACUCCAUUUGCUACAGGACAUUGUACCUUUUGAAAUAUAACACAAUGACGUUCGACUGCAGGUGCAUGUAAUUGCUGUUUGCAAGUAUUUCUAACAGUUUAUGGCAACGUGAAGUUUAACAAACGUGAGACAAGAGAAAGCUGGCUGAACAUGUCUUAUAAUGUAAUUUUUCACUGUUCAAACUAUCUAGUUAAACUAUCACUCUGCUUUCCUUGCUCAAGGUUCUUACUCAUUUGUAAGUUACUGAGCUACUUUACUGAAACGAGAGAUGACAACAGAGUGAG